UUCUGGUCCAGUGUGUAUCAUAAAUGAUAACGCUGAUUCUGAUCCUAUGGAAUUAGAACCAAUCAUAAAAAAUGAAACAGUCGACUCAUUAGAGGGUGAAGAGUGUGAAAUCGAUUACAAUGUUCAAAGGUCUUUUACUGACAAUGAAAAUCUCAUCAUGGAAAGCCCAGUGCAUGAUAUAACUAAUGGUAAUGAGGAAUGCGAGCAAAAUUUUCCAUCAAACAGUAUUCAUCAUAAAAAACUUUCAAAUCGACGAUGGGUUGUAAGAAGACGCAGAGCCAAGUUUCUUAGAGGGUGCUUCAAAUGUGGAAAAAAAUAUAAAAGGUUUAUAAUGCUGCGAAAUCACGAAAUAAAAUGUAAGGUAGAGAGUCAAGAUUAUGAGUGUGCAAUGUGUCCUUAUACUACUAAAGAUCAAAGCAUUUUCAAACAACAUUUGGGAAACCAUAUCUUGGGAAAUUCUAAUGAAAUGAUACUUGGCAAUGUUAACUCUAGUCAAACCGAUUUGAAAACUAAAAUAAAGACAGAGGAUAAUUCUGGUUGGGGAUUUAUCCGACUAUCUCGUUGUCCAAAAUGCAAUUGGUGCAAUAGUGAUAAUAAUGAUAAUGAUAAGCAUGUGAAUGAUGGAGAUAAGCUCGACAGAUGUAGCAAGUGUUUCACCAAUUUGCUCAUCUAUCAGUCGACCCCAACUUGUGCCGAAUACUGCAAGGAUGAAGGCUAUUCAGCCUGCCAAGAUAAAAUACCCUAUGUCCGUCUAACUCGUCUACCUUUUACGUGCCCUGACUCUGUACCUCUACCAUCUCCGCCACCACUGCUUCGUUUUCCGAACUCUGUUUUAUCAAACUGUGAACCACCAUUUUUACCUCCUUCGACCGAACUUUUGAGUAAAUCAAAUAAAGUUACAGAAUCAGAACAAAAGUCAUAUUCAAUAAAUCAAAGUUCCACGACAAAGUUACAGUCGCUCGUUUCAGAAAGCAUUAUUUAUCAAGAGGAUUGUAGCUAUGCUGAAUCCGACGUAGAGCUUGUAAAAACAGAAGAAUUUCCCACUCAAUUAUCGGUUACAGAUAAAACUGAUGAAUGUGGUGACGUCGCCAAAGUUAUUGAGAAUGAUAUUGACAACUACCGUGACAACAACUUUGAUGUAACCAACAUUGAUGAUCUGAGCUGUCAAAAAAGAAGAAGAACAUUGAAAUCAUCCGAAUGGAUACAGUGGUUUUGCCAAAAAUGUGAUGCAAUUCAAAGUUCCGAAAAUUUUGAAGUCGGAUGGGAGAACCAAAUUUGCAAAAAGUGCAAGGCAAAAUUAUUAUACAUGUGUCUAAAGUGCGACGGAAAAUUUAGUACUUAUUAUACGAUAUCAUAUCAUUUGCGAUACUGCUGUGCACAGACUGAAAAAAAGACCCGUAAACGUUCAAACAAGUCCUGCUCGUCGAAUACACUAGGCAGUGUACACGUUCAAAAUCACACAAAUAGUAAAAAAGUCAAGUGCAUGAGUUGCGACAAAGUAUUUAGCACUCAAAUGUACUUAAAUAGACAUAAAUCUGUAUGCAGCAAAAGAAAAGAUGAUGUUCAAGACACAUUGUCUCCCAAUCAAAAUUCGCCUCAAACUUCACACAAAGGUUUCAUUCACGUAUCAUGCGAUCAAAAAAUUCCCGUAUUUACAGUAAAUCAAGUGACUCCAACAACUUGACAAAAAACACAAGAAUAACGUACUAUAUAAAGGACUAUUCUGAAGACUGUUGAAUUACAUUAAGAGUUUGUCUGAUUUAUUUUACAAAUGAGUGAUUUAGCUGUAAUUUUAACAUUUUUAUACAAUUACGAAAGCGUACGUAAUCAAUUGUAAAAUAAAAAAAAAAGAAGGAAUUUGCCGUGUCACCCUUGGCAAGCUGAUAAAGUUCAAUAUGUAUUUAUACAGUUGAGCUAUAAAGGCGGUAUUUCCCAACAAUA